AUGUCCUCCCCGUUCUUCCUGUCCUCCCCGUCUUUUCGUCCUGGCGCAACAUCUUUGAGGAGCACGCGAACACGCCCCUCACCCGCCGCGACGAGCUGUCUCGGCCCUGGCCGCACCACCAACCCUGUCCCCAACAUGAGCACCGCUCUUUCCACCGGCGACGGCGCGACUCAGCGCGAGGAGUGCCCCACCGGACAGUUCUCGUGGGAGGGUGCGUCCACCUACUGCUCCUAUUGCUCCGGCUUUCACUCUGACGACGCAAGCGCGACCACCGAUGUUGGCGGCGCAAACCCCUCGGGUCUCAACAGCCAAGGUGCCCUCCGACGUCGCACAGCGGCGUGUCCCAUCGGCCAGCGCAGCUGUCCCGUGCACGGCAUCUCCGCGAACGGGCAGGGCCACCUCCGCAGGAGCGAGUCCAUCGACGUCCGGACGGACCUCGAGACCUGCGGCGGGUGUGUCACGGACGACUCGCCGCUCGGUGCGCGCAACGCGGACAGCGGGUGCGACCGCAGCCUCCACCCACCGACAGCCGCCCUGGCUCCUUCACGGCAGACCCUCGCGCCUGCGUCUCCUGUAUCACCAACGUUGCACGCCUAA